CAAAACAAGAAAACUUGGUGUAUAAAAGGCACUGAAUUGAACAUCUUAUACAUCAGUUGUGUUUUAACAGUUAACAAAGAUGAAAGCAUUGGUCUCCUUGAGUUUGAUUGCUCUAGCGUCUUCGGCCUACCCAAUGAGUAAAACGAAUGGUAUGGUUGGUUUUGCAAAAGCGGGUGGUACUACCGGCGGUUCGAGGGGCAGCGUCGUACAGAUCAAUACAUUGACGGAUCUUUACAAAAACAUUGGUGGCAGCGCCCCAAAAGUGUUGGUCAUCAACAAAGAUAUCAAAGCACCCAAAAUAACCAAAGUUUAUAUGGGAUCAAAUAAAUCUAUUAUUGGCUCAUUCGGACAGCGUACACUGUUUAAUAUCCAUUUGCGAGCUUCACCUUCAACACAAAAUGUUAUUUUUCAAAAUUUAAUUUUCAAACAUUCGGCACAAUUCCAAGGUAAUGAUGACAUCCAGUUAUAUCUGAACUUUGGCAAAAAUUAUUGGAUCGAUCAUUGCACAUUUGAUGGGCAUCCGUAUUCCGACAAAAGUGUUCCACUCGAUAAGCUCAUAUAUAUUGGUGAUAAGGCUGAUUAUGCCACCAUAAGCAAUUGUUUUUUCGCCAACCAUCACUACGGACUGUUGCUGGGACAUCCAGCCGAUGAUAAUAAUAAACAAUUUAAUGGUUUUCCUCAUUUAACUAUUUGUCAUAAUCGAUUCGAAAACUUGAAGAGUAGAGCUCCUGGUCUGAUGCGUUAUGGUUUCUUUCACGUAUACAAUAAUUAUAUCAAUCAUUUCCAAAAUGGGUUCUCGGUUGCGCAGAAUGCCCAAGUCUAUUCGGAGAGUAAUUAUUUUGGCGCUGCUCUAACUGUUUCCAAACAUGUAUUGACCGAUUAUAGUAAUGGAACGUGUACAUUUGCCGAUCCCACCUUGGCUGCAUCCCUUCUUUCGGUAAAAUCACAAAAGAGCAAAUGGUUUCCAAGGAUGUACUAUAGCUACAAGGCAACUUCAGAUAAAGAAGCUGUAAACUUUACGACAAAGAACGCAGGGUCUCAAUCUAAGGCACUUGUAUUCGGUAGUUGAAUAACAUCACUUUGCAACACGGAUUUAUUCUUUACAUAUUUUGACUUUGAUCAUAAUCUGUAAAAUUGAUUUUUGAUUGUUUGAAAGUUUAAAAAUAAAAUUUUAUCAAAUAAAAAA